CCCUACUCGCAAGCAUUCGGCACCCUACAGAAUGAGUUUUCAUCAACGGCAGCCGUGGUUUUGAUAUGCGAACAAGGACGUAUGAGCCGGUUGCCAUGGGUGAUGUUUGAAUAACCGCAAGUGCCAAGUAUACCGAACAGAGUGCCAGAUAUUGCAUUGAAGUAUUUUAUGACCUUAUAUUGAUUUCAAAGGAACGGUAUCGUUUAAGGACGACAUUUACCUAUCGCGGUUCUGCAAAGUUUCGCUAAUGAUGGAUUGGCCGAGUUCACGAGUAACCCAGGGAGGAUUCUUCCACGCCCCUAAGGCAAAAUACACCAAGGAAACACAGGAUUUGAUCAAGGUGUUAAUGGAGGAGGCUAAACUGACCAUUCUUCAACGGAAUAAAAUAAACUAUCACUUGAGGACGGGAGAGCCUCUGCCACCACCGAAAGAGCCUAAGUUUGAACAGGAGUACAGUAACUUUCUACCGUUGGCUAUUCCGAGGAAAAACAUCAAAAAACGUUCUCUAUCCACAAUUAUCGAAAGCGGUGCGUUCGACGUAGAAAAGUAUACGGCGAAAGGCGGCAAAGAACCAGUAGAGAAAUCAAAGCUGAAGCUGCAGGAGCGGAUGGCUGGCUGUAAAUUAUUUCCCGAUGACGGGCGAAAACGAAUGCUGCGUCCUCAUAGCGAUGAAGAUUUGGAUUUUGUUCCACCAGACCGUGAAGCAGAACUGUUGGAAGAAAUCAAUGAACGCGUUGAAUGGUUAGCUGAGAUGGAAGCUUUAGGUGAGGGUAAGAAGCAUCGUCAAGUUAUUCACGCUCAAAUCGCCGAACGCCUCAAUGAAAUUAAGCGACUGGAGAAAGAACCUUCUAACUAAGCUACUCCUUCCGGCAAUGUACAAGAUGAUCACCCGUACGUUUGAA